CUCAACUCUCUCAGUCAGGCUUGGUUCAACGGUCGCGUUUAAUUCGCUAUAAUGCGAGUGUGGCUGCCCUUGUGUGUGAUAAGUCUGGAUCUCUACAAUCCACGAUCAAUCCACGUAGUGUGUGAGUGAGCUUCCUCAGUGGUGUGUGGAAUUCGUAUUAUCUAGCCUCACUUGCGACUAAGUACGAGUAUAAAUGCGUCUGUCAUAAUUUGCCAGGCCCAACAGAAAAGCGGCAAAACACCCGCGAUCCCACAUCAUUUCCAUUCCGGCAGGCCAGCCAAACAGUUAGCUCUGAUCUCUGUGCCGAACUGAAUCCAGAACUGAAUUAAUUCCCGCACUACGUGUUUCACUGAUUGCCCACUAAUUGAUAAUUUCGGCUGCAAAAUGGCUGCUUCUGUACACUCCCAGGCGGCCAGAUGCCCUCAAUAAGCCGGGUGGAGGAGAGCGGAGUACAGUACUCCUACACGGAAGUCAGUACGUUCCAGAUAAGCGAAGGAAACACUCGAAACAUGUCACCUGAACCGGUGAAGUCCGGUCGCAUUUUUAUGGCUGCCGUGGCAGCCAACUUGUCCGCCUUUGUGGUGGGCACCACCCUAGGAUGGACCUCCCCCAUCGGCCCCAAGCUCAAGUCCGAGGACACCUCAGACUCACCGCUGAGUCGGCCCAUUACUUCCGACGAAGAUGCCUGGAUUUCGUCCCUGAUUGCCGUCGGAGCUCUGGUGGCUCCAUUUGUGGCCGGUCCGAUGGCCGACCGCAUUGGCAGGAAGUGGGUGCUCCUCUCCAGCAGUCUGUUCUUCGUCCUGGCAUUCGGCUUGAAUAUGGUGGCCUCCGAGGUGUGGAUCCUCUACAUGUCCCGCCUCAUCCAAGGAUUCGGCGUCGGCUUCGUGAUGACCGUGCAGCCCAUGUACGUCGGUGAGAUUUCCACGGACAAUGUACGCGGAGCCACCGGAUCCCUGAUGCAGCUCUUCAUUGUGGGUGGCAUUCUGUACGUCUAUGCCAUUGGACCGUUCGUUUCAUACCAGGCUCUGCAGUGGUGCUGCAUUGUGGUUCCCGUGGUGUUCGACGUGGUCUUCUACACCAUGCCCGAGAGUCCAUACUUCUUCGCCGGAAAAGGUCGAAAGUCGGAGGCGCUGAAGGCGCUGCAGUUCCUGCGGGGCCAGAGUCCCGAGGGCGUGCACGACGAAAUGGCCGAGAUCCAGGCCAAUGUGGAGGAGGCGAUGGCCAGCAAGGGCACGGUGAUGGAUCUGUUCAAGAACGCCGGCAACCGCAGGGCCUUGUUCAUCUGCGCUGGCCUGAUCUCCUUCCAGCAGCUGUCCGGCAUCAACGUGGUGCUCUUCAACAGCCAGUCGAUAUUUGCCAGUGCCAACACUGGGCUGGAUCCGGCGAUUGCCACCAUCAUAAUUGGCUGUGUCCAGGUGGGAUCCUCGGCUCUGACGCCUCUGGUGGCCGAUCGCCUGGGCAGGAAGGUGAUGCUGCUGACGUCUUCCAGUGUGAUGUCCAUUGGACUGGCGGCCCUGGGAGCAUUCUUCUACAUGCAGCUGGUCAAGGGAGACAUCUCCAGCGUGGUUUGGAUGCCAGUUCCUGCCCUGAUUAUCUACAAUAUCGUGUACUGCACGGGCUUCGGACCGCUGCCGUGGGCUGUGCUCGGCGAGAUGUUCCCGGCGAACAUCAAGUCGGUGGCCUCCUCAGUGGUGGCAAGCACCUGCUGGACCCUCGGCUUCCUGGUCACCUUCUUUUAUCCCAGCCUAGAUGCUCUGGGCUCCUACUACGCCUUCUGGCUCUUCGCCGGCUGCAUGGUAGUGGCCUUCUUCUUCGUGCUCUUCAUUGUGAUGGAGACGAAGGGCCUCAGUCUGCAGGAGAUCCAGGAUCGACUCAAUGGCAAGCGCAACUAGAAAGCAGGUCUCUUAGUGAUAGUGCCCUUGGUUCCAUAAUGAUAAGGACCCUCUUGCAAGUAUUUUACUGGUUAGUGUUGUAAGUCAGAUUCCAUUGUUACAUGCUACUCCUGUUAAGUCGUAAAGAAAAUACAAAUCUAGUAAUAAUAACUAUUAUAAACCAACUUUUUUCACUGUUUACAACAAUUACGUAUGAAAAACGUUUGUCAAUUACAUUUUUUAGACACUUGCGGGCUUUUAACCUUUUUAAUGGCCCAAAUAUGGGACAUAGCGGCAGCUUAUGCUGCUCAAUCUCAAUCUGAUUGAUGUCGAAGAACAGAUAUCGUUCAUUCCAGUAGAUACAACGAUAGACUCCUGUAACUCCAAAGCAGACUUGCCCGAUACCUACAUAGCUGAAUUUCCAAAGGAAGGCCAUGAAAAGAAGGCACAUGAACCUCCUCUGUAACUAAAUAAAAUAAUAUAAAUAUAUAAAGGUUGAAAUAACUGGCUAUAAGCACUAUAAGGUAAAGCUAACUAAAGGCUAGGAUACAUACUAACGUUGGACUCCCAUUAGGUUGUAGUCCAAAAUGUUCGCUGAUUCCUAAUAAAAAUUAAAAAACACUAA